AUGUUGCUUUUAUAUUUUGACACGGAAGACCAGUGGCCAAGAGCGUAUAAAGAAUUGGAAACAUGUGAGGAUCGCGUGACUCUUUUAACCAAUCAUUCCGAUAACCAUCAGAUUGUUUAUCUGAGUCCUCUGGUGCCUGACAGCUUUGGAAAUGGACGAUGUGAAAUACGUCAAGAUGCUCUAUCAGCGGACUGGGUAGUCUGCUCAGGAACUCGUGUCUUCCGUUCUGCAAGAAGUCGGUGGUGGUUUUUAGCAGUUGCAAACUGUGAUCCUGACGAAGCGGCAGAACGGAGAAUGUACAAUGAUAAUGAAUCUUAUGGAGUGUAUGUUGAGUUUUCACUUCAAAUGACUAACGGAAGACCUACUGAAGUUUUGAAGUACCAGUUUUCAAUUGACCAGUGGCUAAUCCUACCGUCCGACACCUUAUUCCUAGCACUCCAAUGUGUUCUAAUUGUUUGCGUAUUGUUCAUUGGAAAAAGUCUAUCAGCACGUCGUCUUUAUCAUAACACGUUCCGCAUGUGCUCUCAGUCAAUCGUCCUGAACACAAUUGGAUUAGGAUUUCUGGUCACCAACUAUGUUAUUUACGCAAUAGAUGGAAUAGGCCUACCGCUUAUAAUGAUAUCGGGACAAUUGAUUCGCGCACUGGGAGAGAUGCUAUUUAUGUACAUGUGUCUUGUACUGGCCCGUGGAUUAAACGUAACAAAGAUGCGAUUGACCUUGAUGGAUAAAUUGUUCCUCACGAUCAUGUUUUUUGUCUUUAUCUGCUCGUAUUUACUCAUGGAAUUUUGGGAAGUGAAGUAUUUCGAUCCGGCUAUGGUGUAUGCUCCAUCCGAAUCCCUACCAGGAUAUUUGCUUGCUGUUUGGCGUCUCAUCGCGUGGGUCUUCUUUUCUUCAGCUGCAAUGAUGUCUCGAAGUGUUUCCCCUCAAAAAGCUCCCUUUUUCUUGAAUUUUGUGUUGAUGAUGACACCUUGGUUCUGGGCGCCACCAAUCUUUAUACUAGUUGCAAAUUUUUUGCUCAACAAUUGGGUUCGGGCGGAAGUGGUUAACAUCGUGGAAAAUAUUGUCACAUUUUACGGAUACAUUGUUUUCUUGUAUUUGUCCCGACCGACCGACGGCAACCACAACUUUCCAUUUCACAUCAGAACCACUCAAGUCGACAUUGAUAUUGGAUUUGAUCCACAGACCGCUUAUGCCGAGAACAACGGAAAUAACAUUAAUGAUGGAAUGCAUGGAGUCAUGGAGCUCGCUGUGACAAGUGGGGACGAUCCGGAGAAGGAUAGUGGAAGUGAUGAAAUAAUUGAAGACCGAGGGGUGUUGGAACGACCACAAAUCACAACUUCUUAA